AUGUACGGAUACCUCAACUACCUGUCCCUUGAGUAUGACUCGUCUCGGACACCAAUCCUGCUUGAAUAUGAGCUUCUUCACGGCAAUUUCAAAGUUACAUGUACCAUAGGUAUUUUCAAGGUCCAUGCUUCAAAUAUAAAUAAGAUUUUGUCCUUCUAUCUGAAACUUGAUCUUCUGCUUAUGUUUGCAUUUGCUAUCGAUGAUGUGAAUUUGAGCAAAUACCCCACAACGUUUUCACUGAGUUUGGAUAGCAUAUACAAGCUCCAGAAAAAGGUACUAGAAUGCAUUGAAAAGCUCCCACAAGCAGGAAUUAAGUUCUGUGUGCUGACUGUGACAAAAUGGAUAGCUAUCAAUAUUGGAAGAUGCAGCUUGCGGAUCCCACGGCAGGACUCGGAUGAUGACGAUGAACCUGACUACCUAUUGCAAUCUGAACACCUAAAGAAGUUCUUGUUCUACGGUGACAACGUCAGGCGCAAGGCGGUGGUGGAGACAUGCGCGGACGAGCACGUGCAGAAGCGAAUGGUGCUCCACGGCUGCUGCUGUGUCAUCGGGUAA